AUGUUGGCCAAGAGGCUGCUGAGUUUUAAGCCAAGUUCCAACGAGAACUUUGAUAACUUUCACGACUCGGAGAAGAUGAAAACAACGUUAGACGAGAGCGGCGAGGAGGCCUACCGGGCGCGGGCGGGGAGGAAGCGGCACAGCGUGCAGCUCGACAAGAAGCUGACACAGCAGCUGAUGAGCUUGGACCGCCGUUCCAGCACCAUCAGCACGGGCACUGCGGACUCUCUGUCCUCAUACACAGGAAGCUCAUCUGAGGAGGAUGACAUCUCGCCACGAGAGAAGACUCAGAAAAAUUCCAAAGGCUUCAGUGACUUUUGCGUCAAGAACAUCGACCAUGCUGCUUUUGGCAGGCGGGAGAUUGAGAUUGCUGAACAGGAGAUGCCUGGUCUGGUGGCUCUAAGACGAAGAGCUGAAGCAGACAAGCCCCUGCAGGGCGCCAAGAUUAUCGGCUGCACUCACAUCACAGCCCAGACAGCGGUGCUCGUAGAAACCCUUGCUGCCCUGGGAGCUUCUAUCAGAUGGUCUGCCUGUAACAUUUACUCCACACAGAACGAGGUUGCUGCUGCUCUGGCUGAAGCUGGGUACCCCAUCUAUGCCUGGAAGGGGGAGACAGAGGAGGACUUCUGGUGGUGCAUUGACAAGUGCAUCAAUGCCGAGGGCUGGCAGCCCAACAUGAUCCUGGAUGAUGGAGGUGAUGCCACUCAUUGGCUGCUGAAGAAGUACCCGGCCAUGUUUAACAUGGUCAAGGGUAUCGUGGAGGAGAGUGUCACCGGUGUCCACCGUCUCUACCAGCUGUCCAAGACUGGCAAGCUGACCGUUCCAGCCAUGAAUGUAAACGACUCUGUUACCAAGACCAAAUUUGACAAUCUCUACAGCUGCCGGGAGUCUAUCCUUGAUGC